AUGGCGCAAGGCCGCGCUAAGGUAGCGGGCGGGAGCGAGUCGCCGCGGAAGGAAAGCGCGGAAGGAGAUAAUGGGAACCGUGGGGAGAAGCGCGGGGGAGGGGCCGUAUACGUGGGGAGUGAAGCUCGAGUGGACCGGGGGCUGAUGGAAGCUGGAGCGGGGAAAAACGAUUAUGGUUAUGAUUAUUAUGGUGGCGGCAAUGGCAAUCCGAUGGCUGACGUGGACAUGACGAAAGAAGCGGAACAGCCUAUUCUGCUCUCCACCUAUGUUGCCGCGAUCAACGGAGGCGGGGCUUCCCCCAGGUGGGAGAUACUGCGGGGCACGCGCAGACAGGGGGGGUUGGCGCAAGAACACGGCGCGCGGUGGGAGGCGCGCAGGUCGCUAGCGCGGAAGGGGAGGUUGGCGCAGCGGACUACGGCGGUGAGGACCGCACGGUAG